ACUACCGUUCAUAAAUAUAAAUGUUAACCUCCAUAACUUGCAAUACAAUUAAAGCAGCACGCCACAAAUAUGGCAACUAGAAGAUUAAUCGAAGACAAAAUCGACAGCAAGAAAGUGAUGGUGUUUUCUAAAUCAUAUUGUCCAUAUUGUGCGAAGGCGAAAAAAGUGUUUGAGAAUUUGAAACUGUCACCUGAGGAAUAUGAAGUAUGGGAGAUAGAUAAAGAAUCUAAUUGUAACGAAAUACAGACUAUUCUUGGCAACAAAACUGGGAAAACAUCAGUGCCGCGUGUAUUUAUCAAUGGAAAGUUUUUCGGUGGCGGAGAUGAUGUAGUCAUGGCAGCACAAAAGGGAACACUUAGAGGAAUUAUUGAUCAAAAUGUUCCAAAAGCCCAGCAAUACCAACACUACUAGCAGCAUAACAGAAGACACAGAAUUAUAUUAUACAGGCAUCCAAUGAUACUUUAUCGAUCAAUUCUGUAACUGUGACAGAGGUUUAUCGAAACAAAAAUUAUAUUUAAUGAUAUUCUAAAAUGUUUUUAUGGAUGGCAGAAGAAAUUUAAAAAUAUCACUUUUGGUUAAAGCCUAGUUCAAUAAAGUUGAAAUUAAAUGUUUUAAAUUAAAAAACAAAUGUUUUUCUUCAAAAUUUUACAAAAUGAUUGAAGGGACAUUUUAGUCGACUUAUUAAACUAUAUAACGUGUCA